GGCAGCCCCGGCAGCGCCGCCGCCUCCUGCAGCCCCGUUCAGCUCCGCGCGGCGCGGCGGGCGGCUCCGCACCGCUCGGCUCCGCAGCGCUCCGCGCCACCCCGCCCCUCCGCCCCUCACCGCGCCACCCCGCCCCUCACCGCGCUAUGUGUGCCGGCGCUCCCCUGCCUCCUCGCGGCCGCUUCCCACCCGGCGGGGCGCGCUUGGCCCCGCUCUGAGAGCAGCGGCGGGGCAGGGAGCGAGCGGAGCGGAGCACGGACGUGCCGCCCGGCGCGGAGCGGCGCGGAGCGAAGGAAACGCGCCGCCAUGCGGGGCCCGGGGCUGGCGCUGGGGCUGGGGCUUUUGCUGGGCGCGGCGUGGCUGGCGUGCGGGCAGAACGAGACGGAGCCCAUCGUGCUGGAGGGAAAGUGCCUCGUGGUGUGCGACUCCAACCCCACCUCCGACCCCACCGGUACAGCGCUCGGCAUCUCCGUGCGCUCCGGCAGCGCCAAGGUCGCCUUCUCCGCUAUCCGCAGCACCAACCACGAGCCCUCCGAGAUGAGCAACCGCACCAUGAUCAUCUACUUCGACCAGGUACUAGUGAAUAUCGGCAGCAACUUCGAUUCGGAGCGGAGCACUUUUAUCGCGCCUAGGAAAGGGAUUUACAGUUUCAAUUUUCACGUGGUGAAAGUGUACAACAGGCAAACCAUCCAGGUGAGUUUGAUGCUAAAUGGGUGGCCAGUGAUUUCUGCCUUUGCAGGGGACCAAGAUGUGACCCGAGAAGCUGCUAGCAAUGGCGUCCUGAUUCAGAUGGAGAAAGGAGACAGAGCUUAUCUAAAACUGGAGAGAGGAAACUUGAUGGGAGGCUGGAAGUAUUCAACAUUCUCUGGAUUUCUAGUGUUCCCGCUUUAAAUCUCUUAUCAAGAAAUCUCUUAUCCAAGAAAAAGGAGAAAUCUCUUACAAUUCCCAAAUCAUAGCUGGGUUUAAAGAGUUGUGGAUAGCGGACUUUUUACAUUCAAAUGUUACAGAAGCUAAAUCCUGCUUAGGUUUGCAUACAUCUGCUUUGAAGAAUUACUACUUAAUUUUGCUGUGUUGCAGCCAACAGGCAGGAGAUCCUAUAAUUGAGCAACCCCCCAUUUUUAUUCUUCUGUCUUCUCCCACAAAAUCAGUUCCCAUCUCUGUCACUGGUGUAAUCUGCCAUCAGUUCCCCAUGGUUUCUGCCUCACAGAAGUAGACUCUAGAUUUUUUCAUUGUCCUUUACAGCAUAUUUUGUAGUUUUGUUUUUUAAAACAUCUUAAUCUUGACUCUUUCUCUGAGUUUGACUUUAAAAAAAAAAAAGGAGAGUAUUUUUGAAAACGUGGAUGCCAUGAUGUAAGGGAAAAUGCAAUUCUUGCUCUGUACUGGCUGGCAAAAGGAAAAAUUUCUACACGAAGAACUAUUCACAGCCAAGGCUGACUAGAGUAUUUCAAUAUUUCUAUGUAAUUCUGAGUGAUUGUGAAAUUUAAGGCUGCUAAAUGUUUUGAUGCUUGUUUUGCUCUUGUACAAUGUGGCCCAACUAAAUGCCAGGAAGUAUAUUGAACUUUUACUCUGUAAUAUAUGUGUGAAUAUUGAAGAUUAAUUUUUGCUUUAAUUCAAUAAAGUUUAAAUGGGACUUUUAUUUUUCUUAACCAGAAAUAAGGUUCCUCAAUCCAGGCAGGUGGGGGGAGGAGGCUCGGUGCGGUCCCGAGGCUGUGGCGGUGAGGUCGAAUGGAGGCAGGAGAUGCCCCGCAGCCGCGCAGCCCAGCGCUACUCCCGCUCUGCCUGCGUGCCCUGCGCGGGUCUCCGCGGCUCAGCAAACCCCGCGGGCGGAGCCAGCACACAGGCGGACCCGUCGCUAGAAGUUUCCCGCCGACUUAUGUCCGCGUAUUUAUAGCAUUUAUCUGUAUGAUAUUCUAUACACCAGAUCGCAUUUUAUACGGCCAUCUAAAAGUACCUGACCAUGUAUACUUCGAUGCUGGUAUUAUUUACUUGCUAGUAUUAUUUUGUUUACAGCCUUUAAAAUAUGUAAAUGCUAUAAUUUUGCAGUAUUCUAAGAGAUUACUACUUUUAUUAAAAGGUGCGUAUGAGGAUUUUGAUUGUAUCUAAACUUUAAUGUGAAAUAAACCGGUGAAACGUC